AAAAGAAACGUUCUAUUUUUGGAAAAAAAUCAAGAACUCCUUCCAAAAAUGAAGAAGAUCCAUAUCCAUUUAAUAACUUCCAAAAAAUGUAUAUUAUGGCCGAUUUAAAAUAUGCUAAAGGAUUAACUGAUAAUAAUUUAAUUGAAGUGAAGAAAGAAAUUGUUUUGUGUGAAAUAAAAUGGGAUCCAAAACGAUCAUCUUUAUUUAUUUAUCCAGAUUUUUCGAAAAAUGAACCGUAUAUGUUAGAAAUUGAUGAUGAUUCUCGAAAUAUUUAUUAUUAUUGGAUUGAAAAUGCCUCGGAACAAGUUUCGGAUACAAUUAGAUUUAAGGAAUUUCAAUUAAAGCAAGAUUUACGAAAACGACAAUCGUUAUUAAAAACCAAAGAUUUGCAAAAAAUUAAAUUCGAUAUCCCGCCAAACAAUGAGAUACACUUUCAUAUUUUUAUUGAAAUAUUAACAGCAAAUUAUUUUGAAGCUGAUAAUCUUUUUAUACAAUAUUACAUUGAUUUACCAGAAAAUUGGCGGAUUCAUGAUGACGAUAAAUUAAAAUUAUCUGGUGUUACACAAUCAGCUAAAACUCGUACAAUCCGAACGGAUAAAUAUGAUAUUUACGAUAGUGUUGCAAUGUUUGGAUAUCCAUUUCAAUUGACUUUUAUUUACAACUAUAAAAAUUUUGAUCAAUCAUUAGGACUAUUGCACUGUCCAACAAUUUACUUUGAAAUAAUCUCCAAAGACACAUGGAAUCGGUAUCGUACUGAAGGUUACGCAUACAAAACCAUCCCAAUUAAUCAAUUUGGGACCCAACAUUGUAGUUUACAAUGUAUUUAUAUUAAACCUCGGACACGUUGGGGUGAAUUACAUCACUUUUUUAUCGGUGGAUGUUCGGAAUUAGAUGAUAUUACGUGGCUUGGAACACCAACAAAUCAUCAGGAAGACAUGACUAUCAAUAAAUUUGGAGUUAUUACCGAAGGUACUGGCAUGAUUGAUAUUAAAUUUCAAGUUUUACAUCACUCUCAAGCAUUUAUUAAGGCGAAACAACAAUCGGUGGAGCAAGCAAAGGAUCAUUUUUUACAUACACAUUCUGUGAUCAAAAGUAUUAAUGAAGUGUUAAAAGCUUUUAAAAAAGCACGUGAUCAAAUGAACGAAGCUCGAAAAACUUUAUAUUAA